AUGUCAAAAUUACAAAGAUGUGCAACUGCAGGAGCCCUUGAAGCCAAAAUGACACACUAUGCCCCUGAUGGAACUGGCAGGGAUUCCUAUGUGACAUUAUAAAAUGGAGGAGUUUGGAAAGAAAUUUAAAUCCAGUGUGUACAUCCUGAAUUGGGAACUUUUAGCAAACAAAAAUAAUGGAAACCUCCUGCUCCAACCAUGAUCCCCAAAUUUAGACAUUAUUAAAGUGAUGGAUCAGGAAGAGACAAUUAUGUAAUUGCUGAUGAAGGAGGAUUAGCUCCAUCAUCCAAAAAAUUCCAAAGAAGAACUAACUUCUUCACAUCUCUAAGAGAUUAUGAACCUUGUCCUCCAAUACCUUAAUAGGAUUGCUUUAGAUUGGCUUAAACUCCAAGCGCACAGUCUUUUAAAUAAUACUUAAAAACCCAAUAAAUAGCUACUCAGUAAACCGAUUUGAUUAGAAGAUUAAAUAUUCCCAAGAAAUCUGAAGAUCCAUAUAAAAGAAUAAGAAAGCUUUCAACUCCGUUUUAUAGAAAAUGA